UCUCGGAAAUGGCUACAACAAGAGCUAGUGCAGAGCAUCCAGUUCUUGCGCAGUUGCGUAAACGGGCGAGAGUAGAAUUUAACCGAAUUCAUCAGAAAAAGAGAGCCAGGACAGAAGAGUCAAUACAGGCGCUCUAUGAAAGAAAUCGAGCUGUAGUGGACCGUAUAAAAUCGUCUUGGAAGCCCGUGGAACUGCAUUCCCUUGACGACAAUUCAGCGGUGACUGAAACGGACAAAGACAUUAUUGAUGCAGAUGAGCAAGAGGAUUUGAAGUCAGUACAGCUGGAUCCUGUCAAACGGUUGCCAUCAGCAAGAGCCUGGGCUCCUUUGCAGAUGAACUAUUUGGUAGAGGACGAGACAGUGUUACACAAUAUCCCAUACAUGGGUGAGGAAGUCUUAGAGGAAGACACCGGAUUUAUUGAAGAAUUAAUACGCAACUACGACGGUCGAAUACACGAUCACAGUGAUACCGAGAAAUCAGGACUUGAUUCGGAGACGUUAUGCUCUCUGGUGGUAAAGCUAAUGGACGUACUGAAGGAUCAAGAUGAAUCAGAGCAAGAAGGCAAAUCAGAUGUGAAAUUUCCGUCUGACGUUCCACGUGUUGUCUUUGAGGCUAUUUCGAAUGUGUUUAUAGACAGUGGGUCAGUAGAACUGUUGCAGGAAAGGUAUCGUCGGCUUUUAGGUCAGCAGGAGGCAGCAUGUCUUCUGUGUACUCCCAAUAUUGACAGUCCACAGGCCAUUGCGGCAUCUCGUAGUCAGAGUCUCCAUUCAUAUCAUACGUUAUUCUGUCGGAUGUGCUAUCGAUAUGACUGUUUUGUUCACUCAUGUAGUAUUCUACCAGACAAGCAGCGUCCACGGGCAAGCACUUCUUCUUUGCUUGUUUUCCAGUGCAUAAUUAAUACUGACAUGAUUGACUGUACAUGUAGCUAUGGUGGCGCAGACAGGCCCGUGUCUGCUUGUGGUCCUGACUGCUUUCUAGAAACAAGACAGGGAAGUGCAUCAAGGCAAACCUCAGACAGAUGUGAUGGUGAGAAAGAGGAGAACGAUGCAUCAGAAAAGAGUAGCUGGAGUGGGUCUGAGACUUCGCUCUUUAGAGUUAUGCGGCCGUUGUUUGUUUGGAACUACUGCGCAAUCUCUAGAGUCAUUCACACGAAAACGUGUACAGAGGUGCAUGAUUUUGCUCAACAAGAACCGAUCGAGACUCUUGCACAAGAGACUAGCCAGUCACUCGCUACGUCAUCUCGCAAACAGAAGAAGAGGAAGCAUAGGUCGUGGUCUAAGUAUCACAUGAAACUUCAGCAAAACAGAGAUGGACGUAUUAACGCCACAACUAGCUAUACACCUUGCCUUCACUCUGGAAUGUGUGAUUCUAGUUGUGCGUGCGUGUCACUUAAGAAUUUUUGCGAGAAAUUUUGUCUGUGUGAUCAAGACUGUCCAAAUCGGUUUCCAGGUUGUAGAUGUAAGGCACAGUGCAAUACAAAGCAGUGUCCAUGUUUAUUGGCAGACCGAGAAUGUGAUCCGGACUUGUGUCGUUCUUGUGGUGCAAGCGCCCCUCUGGAUGAUCCGAAUGUGGUGUGUAGGAAUGUUAGCAUGCAGCGUGGUCAACGCAAGCAUUUACUUCUUGCUGCAUCGGAUAUUGCUGGUUGGGGCAUCUUUAUCAAUGAAUCUGUACAGAAGAAUGAUUUUAUUAGCGAAUACUGUGGCGAGAUUAUCUCACAAGACGAAGCUGAUCGUCGUGGUAAGGUAUAUGACAAAUACAUGUGUAGUUUUCUCUUCAACUUGAAUCAAGACUUUGUCGUUGAUGCUACAAGGAAAGGGAACAAAAUACGUUUUGCAAAUCAUUCAAUUAAUCCAAAUUGUUAUGCAAAGGUUUUGAGGGUGAAUGGAGACCAUCGCAUUGGUAUUUUUGCAAAAAGAGCGAUCAGUGCUGGAGAAGAGCUUUUCUUUGACUACAGAUAUGGUCCUACUGAAGCGUUGAAAUUCGUUGCAUAUGAACGAGCAAUAGAUGUUGUGUGAAAUGAACUGAGCCCUUUCAACUGUAGCAACAGGAGAUGCUGCAUGCAUUAGAUGUCGUGUAGACAUGUCAUCAGUAGAGCUACAGUAUUUCUUUAUUUGUGUAUUCAUAAUGUUUUCAGUAGUGAUUAAAAAUUAUUAGAAUUAUUGUGGA